AGUUCGUGCUCUCGAAAUGAAUGGUCACAGGUUUUUUUUGACUGGAACACGACGCGCUUGUGAAGGAUUUCACAAGAAAUGUUGUUUAUCUCCCCACACAGGAGUUGUUGCAAGAAGAGCACAUCAAGCUACUGGAAAAACUGAAUCAUCUGUCAAUGACCAUGAAAGGAAAGAGUUACAAGGUUCUCCAGAUGGACCAAUGUCAAUAUACAGGGAGCAAAUUGCAAGCAGAAAACUUAGAUAUGACCAAUAUCAAGUCAGCAUUGUCCAAAACCUUGAGGAUCUUCAUACCACCCUAGAGGGUUAUGUGCCACAGUCUGAAGGAUGGUUUUCAAAGAUGUUCUUAAAGAAUGAAAAAGACAAAGAAAAUCAUCCCAAAGGCUUAUAUCUUCAUGGAAAAGUAGGUACAGGGAAAACAAUGCUGAUGGAUCUCUUUCAUGACCAAAGUCGAGUAAAGAAGAAAAAGCGUGUCCAUUUCCACAAAUUCAUGUUAGAUGUUCAUAAACGAAUCCAUGCUAUAAAACAGACAAUACCUCGUCAGUACAAUGUACAAAAGAUUGAGCCGUUUGAUCCUAUACCGCCAGUAGCCAAGGAAAUCAGUGACGAAACAUGGCUGCUCUGCUUUGAUGAGUUUCAGGUGACUGAUAUUGCUGAUGCAAUGAUUCUGAAGCGACUUUUCAGUGAACUUUUUAAAAAUGGAAUUGUUGUGGUGGCCACCUCCAACAGACCACCAGAUGAUCUCUACAAAAAUGGUUUACAAAGAGGAACAUUUCUACCAUUCAUUGGAAUUUUAAAGAGCCACUGUAAAACUCUAAACCUGGACUCAGGCAUAGACUACAGAAUGACCAUUGACCCAGCGGAAGGCAAGAUUUACUUUUUAACUUCAGACAGUAAUGCUGACACAGAGCUAGACCACAUAUUUGAUCAUCUUCGUGCUGAAGAAAGCCAAGAUACUGGUCCAAAAGAGUUAAUUGUCCUGGGACGGAAACUUCUGUUGCCAAAGACAUGUGGAGGUUUACUGGACACUGAUUUCCGCAGUAUGUGUGAACAGCCUCUUGGAGCAGUUGACUACUUGGAAAUAAGCCAUAACUUUGACACUGUCAUCAUAAGGAACAUACCAAGAAUGUCACUUAGUCGCAAGUCAGAAGCUCGCAGGUUUAUAACACUCAUUGACACUCUCUAUGAUGGCAAGGUAAGGGUGGUAUGCUCUGCAGAAGAGGAACCAAAAGAACUGUUUGGAAGUGGAAACAUCAGUAAACGAGAUGAGGAGUCUAACAGCAUGUUAAUGGAUGACUUGGGUAUUUUACAGAGAUCUGGGGUUGGUGACGCCAAGGCCAGUAUAUUUACAGGAGAGGAGGAACUGUUUGCUUUUGAGAGAACUGUGUCACGCUUGACAGAAAUGCAGACUUUAGAAUACUGGAAUGAACGCAAACCCAAUAGAUUGUAUCAACCUAGCAAAUCACAGAAAGAAACUGUUAGUUAUGUAUGACACAGACUGGAUGUUUAGGUAUCUUAAGAAAUACGUGUAUUUGUUAAACAUUAUUUGUUAAUUUAUAUCUUAAGUCAUUUUGAUACAGAUGUACUGGUGCAAUGGAAAUCUUUUAAUGUCCUGUAAGAAAAAUUGUUUAAGCCAUAGGUUAUGGAAAUCAGGAACACUGACCUUUUUCAAAACGAUACAAUUUUUUUUAUAUAUAUAGUUUGAAAAGUAAAAGAUAUAUAAAAACAAAAUGAUCAUAACAUAAAAAAACUUUCCACCAACAUUGUAUUUACAUUAUCAACUUCUUCAGAUCUGAAUUACUAGUACUAGUGAUACCUGUUACUAUCACAGAACACCUGCUAAUUAAAAAGUUUCCCUAUGUCUUUCAAGUCUGUUUUGUGUCUUCUAACUUCCUUGAGUGGUUACAUUUAUAUCUUCAGAGUCAGUGUUUUGAUGCUUUGGUGUAUAGGUAAUAUAUAUUAGGAGCCCUAUGAGCUAGACAAUGUUGCUUUGGUUUCGUACUAAAAUCAGAAAAAAAACAACCUGACCUCCAUUACAGUAUAUAUGGUUCCAUCAUAUUCAGUACUAGAGCUUAUCCCAUCUCUCAUUCUUAUGCAUAUUAAACCCAAAACAGCUGAAGGGGUCAAAUGUGUCCAGGGUGCUUGUAGCAUUUCCAGAGAAAAGGACUACCAAGUUUCUUCAAACAAAUUACCAUUAUUCACUUCAAGGUCAUAGGGUUAAAUGUUAAAUAUUGGAAUAUUGGUUCUGUAACAUACUUUGAUGAAGGACUGCUGAAUUUCUUCAAUGUCUGACCUUAACUCACUUCCAAGAUCUCAAGGGUCAAACUUAGAAUUUGUUCUUCCAACAAACAACUAGUCAAUUUCAGAACAUGAAAGAUUAACAAUAUCUAUAGGUGCUUCUGCGUAAGCAGUUGAAACAAAUGGAUUGGUUGACUCUGUAAGAAAAAACCAGGUACAGAUCAGGACCGAGGCUGGACUGCAGAAUAUUUGGCACAUGCAGUUUGAGGGGUCCAACCGUACCUGUUUGAAACUAACUUGCUGAAUAUCAUUAGUUUUCAGAAUUGCAGCAUAAAAAGUAGAGUCAGUGCACUUACUAUUUCUGGGAGCAUUGUGCUAUAAGGUAUAAGUAAAACAGGUGGAAUCUGACUUUAGUUAAUUGACAUAUGCUUGAUGGGAAAUUUUAAAAUUUGUGAAUUUUGAACUUAACAUAUAUUAGGUCCAACACCUGGCACAUAAGUGUUCAUGUAUAGUGGAAUAAUUUCAGACUACCUGAAACGUUCCAACCAGGUUAAGCUAAUGUGUCCAUAAUGUGAACAUAAAUCUCUGUCACAUCUAAGUAAUGGAUUAUGACCGCAAAAACCUCAUGUUGAUAUCAAAUUUGUUGAUAUUCAUAUCAAACUACCUAAUAGAAAUUUUCCAAUCAAUCACGAGGACGACUGUAAAACUUCAUCUUAAAAGCUUCAAUAUCUUUUCAAACCUUAUGUUGCAAGUUUUUUCUGUCAGUGGUCAACAUCUACCAAGAAAAACAGUGUAUUUAAACUGGGAGCAAUCAUUUAUAUAGCUGUGUAAUAGUCAUAGUUUCAUGAUAUAAAAAUCAUAACAAGUCUUCACUAUUGUUACUGUAAAGAAUGAAAUUUUGUGUUUCAAGAUAUAGAAAAUAUAUGCAAGUGAAACUUACAAUUUGCUUCAAUAAAUAGUGUGUUAUUGAUGUAACCUGAAAUGUUUCGAUCAUAAUUGCAUGAGAAUGUAUAAACUGAUGUCAGGAAAAGGGUUGUUCUUUUUUUAUAUUAAUAUUUUGUUCCAUUUUUGUACCAACUUUUAAGAUGUUCCUUAAUGGUGAGGGGAAGUCUUAAGAAAUAAUUUUCCAGAUUUUACAAGAUGUAAUGUUGCUCUAUGAUAGUUUGGAAGAUUUUGAAGUCCUUUUCAUUUCUAGCCAGUGUUUUAAUUAUUAAAUGAUAUACCAAUAUCGUCAAUGUUAAGUGCUGUAUUUGCACAAUUGUCCAUUAUCCUUAUUUUGAUCAUAAUAGUGUUUAAAAUUUGUCAUGGUGAUGUAGUUUAUUUUAGCUAUGUUGGUUAGUUAAGAUUUUGGAACCUUUGCUCCAUAAGCCAGGGUUUUUAAAGAGGCCAAAUUAUGCAAAAGUAGGAUACACUGUAUGUGAUAGCCAUAUAUAUUUUACUUUGUCACAAGAUGGAUAUUUUUACUCCUUGUUAUAUUUACAUAUGCAUGAAAGAGUGAUGAUGUAGUACAGUCACAGAUACACUGUGUUUGGAUUAAAUCAACUUUUACAAAAUA